CCCUCCUUGAGCUUUACCUCGUUUAAGCCAGGACAGAGAAGAACAUGGAUGUGUGACGAGCUCAAACAGAGAGGAGAAAGCAAGGACGAGGCUUCCUAUCAUUCGCUGGGAGCUUAGGGAAGGAAAGGCUGCCAGCAUUCAAGUUGUGUCAUGAUGUCGGAGGCCGAGGAGAUAGGAGCUCCAGGCACAGAGGGAAACAAGCCAAAUGUCACGACAGGACACAUGCCUAGUAGUAUUCAACAGGUAGAAGCAUCUGUUGCUUCGCCCGUGGCCCCCAUACAGCCCCACACCACCACUGCAACUGAGGAUGAUGAUGAGAGCGAAGAUGAGUCGGAAAUCCUGGAGGAGAGUCCGUGUGGCCGCUGGCAGAAACGCAGAGAAGAGGUGAACCAGCGUAAUGUCCCAGGGAUCGAUGCUGCGUACCUGGCCAUGGACACAGAGGAAGGCGUAGAGGUAGUGUGGAACGAAGUCAUGAUCUCAGAGAGGAAGAACUUCAAGCUGCUGGAGGAGAAAGUGAAAGCAGUAUUUGAUAACCUGAUCAAUUUGGAACAUGCUAAUAUCGUCAAGUUUCACAAGUACUGGGCCGACAACAAGGAGAACCGGGCCAGGGUGAUUUUCAUUACUGAAUAUAUGUCAUCAGGAAGCUUGAAGCAGUUUCUAAAAAAGACAAAGAAGAAUCAUAAAGCCAUGAAUGAAAAGGCUUGGAAGAGAUGGUGCACACAGAUCCUGUCUGCUCUCAGUUACCUCCACUCAUGUGACCCUCCCAUCCUCCAUGGCAACCUGACCUGUGACACCAUCUUCAUCCAACACAACGGGCUCAUCAAGAUCGGAUCAGUUGCUCCAGACACCAUCAACAACCACGUGAAGACGUGUCAUGAGGAACAGAAGAACUUGCACUUCUAUGCCCCAGAAUAUGGAGCUGACGAUAUCACCACGGCGGUGGACAUCUACUCGUUUGGCAUGUGUGCCUUAGAGAUGGCGCUCUUGGAAAUCCAGGGGAAUGGAGAGUCCUCUUUAGUUUCUCCGGAAGCCAUCAACAAUGCCAUACAGUUUCUGGAGGACCCACUGCAGAGGGAGCUAAUCCAGAAGUGCCUCGAGUCUGAUCCGAGUAUGAGACCUACAGCCCGAGAGCUGCUGUUUAACCAAGCUCUGUUCGAAGUACCGUUGCUAAAGCUGCUGGCUGCUCAUUGCAUAGUCAGCCACCACCACAUGAUUCCUGAAAAUGCCCUGGAGGAGAUUACCAAGAACCUGGAUCCUAACCUGGUCAUCGCCGAGAAGAAAGAAGGCAUUCAGCUCAAGCUUUCCCAUUUUCCUGCUUUGGAGCUUGAUAAAUUCCUGGAGGAUGUGAGAAACGGUAUUUAUCCGAUGACUGCGUUCGGGGUGCCCUCUCCUCAUCAGCCUCAACAGGAGACGGUUAAAUCUCCCGUUGUCGUCCCCUUGGUCAAAUCCCCCACCCCUGAACCGACAGAAUUGGAGACACGGCGGGUCAUUCAGAUGCAGUGUAACGUUGAAUCUGUCGAGGAGGGAGCAAGGUAUCAUCUAACAUUGCUGCUGAAACUGGAUGAUAAACUGAAUAGACAUCUAAGCUGUGACAUGUUAUCUCAUGAAAAUGUUCAGGAGAUGGCUGAAGAGUUGGUGCAGCUGGGCUUAAUCAGUGAGGUGGACCAAAACAAAAUAGCCUCCCUACUAGAAGAAUCAUUCAGCCAAGCUCUUCAAUAGCAACCAUUUCCUCCACGAAAUACCUGUCCCCUCAUUAGUACACUCUCUUAACCCUGUUACAUCUUCUGUUUGGUUACUCAACAUGGUGAUUAUAUUUAGUGGGGUUUUUGUAUUUUGUUCUUCUAAGCCUUAGGUGAAAAUGUGACCAAAAGGGUGGGUUCUCUUCCUCUGCAUCAGGGAAUCAAACCUCCCCAAAGCACAGAAAACCUUUAACAUACUGGCAAGCUAAUUUCAGAGUCCAGUUUACUCCAAAGAAGCUCCCUGGACUGAUAUCACAUUUUAGCUGUAAAAGUUAAGAACCAUUUAAAUCCAUAUGAGAGGAUUUAUUCUGAAUGUGUUAGCUUUUACAUUGGCUGUUAAAUGUUAACCUCAUUAAUGCUGCAAAAGACACUUCAUCACACCAGUACUGACUAGAUUACUUCAAGUUAAAACCACUUUCUCCAAGCCGCAGAUGUAUUUUAUUGUGAGGUGUUUACAUAACGAAUUG